AGGGUUUGGAGGAAACCAGCGUUGUUGUGUUGUGGGUCCUGGAGACUGCAGUUUUGUUUAAAAUCCUUCUGCCUCACUGUACCUGCCCUGGAUUGUGAAGGCUAUUUCUGAUUUUUAGACGACAAGGUUUAUCCAGCCGCAGAAGCAGUAACACCGACUGGCAGGGUUUGACCCUGUCACUGGCUUCUCUUGGGCUGUCGGUCCCUGUGUGUGCCUUGGGAGGGCUGUGUGGUGCCCUGAAAGGAGAGCCACAGCCCUGCCAUUGGCAAGGUUUGCCACAAUGCCAUGAUGUGACCAAGGUAUCUUCCCUCCAAAAAUAAGGAAUAAUAUGCUCUGUUCUUCAGCUUAGAUACACAUUCGUAGUUACAGAUAUGCACAUAGGUAUUUCCAGCUGGUUGUCAUGACCCUUGUGUGAGCAGACCCCUGACCAGGCUAUGGACAUCAGAAAUGUGCACACGCAGGCUGCAAAACCAGUAUCUGCAGGCAUCACAUGUAGCCUGGGAGUUAAGGAGUUAUGCUCCAUAAUACAAAUGUGUUCAGCUGGGAUAAAACAAGAAGCAUUCAGUAAUAAAUAUAGCUGCCUAAUGUGGAUCUUACGGAAAGCUUCUUCCAGAAUAGCGCUUAACUUUAAUUACUGAGCGUUUCAGGUUUACUUGCACCCCAGCACAGCAGAAAUCCAUUGAUUUUUAUUUUUUUUAAACGGCACUUCUGCUGUUUCAGUGAGUACCUUAUCUCCAUGGAGAAAUCAGUCGAUACGCAGUGCUGACUUCUGAUGUGAGAGUGCCAUACUUUAAAAAGUUAUGAAUAUGGAGGAUCUUUUGUUGCUUUGAAGAAAUUAAAAAUAAAUCCCCACAGACUGCGUGUGCAGAGAUUUUCAAAACACCCAAAGUUUUUGUUGCUCAAAGAUGAGCAUCCCAUGCUCUUUUAGAUGUACUGGCACAUCUUGUUUGGCAUCCAGCUGUUGUUCCACAUCUGCCAUCCUUGACUACCCCAGGGUGUCUCAGAUUGCACGGGGUGCCCCUGUGCAGGCACCAGCUUCCAGCUCCUCGCUGCUGGUGGCUGCCAGUGGGAGCUGGUGGCUGCCCUGGGGGGUUCCCUGGCCCUCACGCCACAGAGGGCUCUGGCUGGAGACCCACAAGCGUCUCACGUCUCACAUCUUAUGUCUGUCGUUUCUCUGCCUGUUCGGGGGAAUAUAUAUAUAUGUAUGUGUAUACAUAGGUAUAUACUUAUAUAUGUGUAGCAUAUUUGGGGGGGGAGGAACUGAAAAUUUUGUAGCGGAUUAUUUACAUAUAUUUAUGUAUAUUUAGGCAUGAGCUUAGUACCAGUUAUGCAUUUACUUGGCAAUGGUUUUCUUGGGUGAUAUAGCAGACUAGGGUCCUGAUUCUGAGAGGCAGAGGGCUUCUUACAAGCUGCUUGGCACUUGCUGACUUACAUGAAAAGCACAGGGAUUCAGCAUAUGCUUGGAUUAGGCUCUAAAAUAAUGAAGUGUCUGCUUCGUACUAUAUUCGUCUCUAUUCAAAGCCUUUCAUCCUUCACUUCUCCUCUUCCUUCACAGGGUUUCAGGAAAUUACAUGUUUCUUUUUGGUUCAUUAGUUGUUAUAAGCAUAAAUCCACCAUGUGAUCUUAGUUCACUGUCAUAUUUUAUCAGAAAACGGUGCAGUUUACAUUUCUUAGUUGACCGCAAGAGGUUUACCUAAGUGCUCUCUUUCUGUAAACCCAUCUGUGUUUGCUCUGGCCUCAUAAUUAUUUCUAGGUCAUUCUAGAUCAUGAAGCUAUCCUUUACAGCCACAAAAACGUCCCUGUAAUGACUACAGAGACAGAAAUUCAUAUUAUGAACUGGACUGACUGUAUAGCACCAGUAGGAUCUUCCCAGUUCUGUCUGGCCAGCCUUCCCGGGGUGCCCUCUGCUCCAGCCCCUCCGAAGCCAGAGGACCGACCUCCCUAGGAGCCAGCUUCCCAAGCCCCUUCAGCUCCUGCUGACUCAGCUGAAGCUGGGACUUGUGCAGUGCGGUGGUACACAGCUGCAUGGGGCUUCUGACGUGGAGGGGGGCCUCAGGUUCCUGGCAGGGUGCAGAAGUAUUCAGCAGCCAAAUGGUUAUUGCGUGUAAUUGCAUGGGACUGAGUUUGGAGAGCAAAUGUCCUUGUUGGGAAGGGGACUGAAUGAACUGGAGAGCAGCUGCUUGAUCAGAGCUGGAGCUAAAUGGUUCUGUGUCAGAGUGAGCUACUGAGACUGAAUGCAUUAAAUAAAAUGAGGUCAUUUAAAGUGUAAAAUAAAUAAUACAAAAAGAAUUAUGCAGUACAAAUCAGAUUACAUGCUUUCCUUUCAAGCAUCCCCAUUAAGUAUCUGUUAUCUACUUAUUUACUGAUCUUUAUUCAGAUUUUUAGAUGCUGAUAUCCAUGUUUACUUUUUACUUGAUGAGCAAGCAAACAGGAUAUGAAUUCAUAUUUUAUGAGAUGUUAUUUAUUGAAAACUUUCAGGAGGAGAGAGAAUGAAAGUUAUUUUUGUGCAUGUUUCUUCUAAUGGCUCUUGUGUGUUAACAGUAGAGGCUGAUUGUUAGCAAGACUACAAUAAUAAAAUAAUGAAGUUUUGUUUGGAAGUAAUGCUCCUAGGUUAAGUAAAAUGGAGGUGGCUAAAUCUCAGCUGUUCUGUUGUAUCACAAACAUCGCAGAGCUGUGGAGCACAUUAGAAGCGUUUCUAAGGCGCACUGCUUUUCAGUGCUGUCACUGUGGAGGGAGAGGAAAGGGUCUUGGUAGGGACCAGGCUCCAGACCCUUUGGUGGACAGGACAUACCUACUUCCCAAAGUACAGGCUUGACACUGAGCUGGAGCCUAGCUUUUUAUUAGUGCCUGUGACUCUCCAUUCUCACGUAGCCAAACAUGAAGCUUUUUUCCCCCCUGACCAUGCUGGUAACUCAGUGCUCCAGCAGCCAUGGCCCGAUGUGUUAGACCAGCUUACUCCUCAUCGGAGCACCUUCUAGGGAGCCUCCUUUGGCAGUCAGGCACUGUAGUCUGAAAGAGAGGUGCAAAAUCAUUCCUGCACUUGGCAGUCUCCAGCUUCUUUGAGAGCCUGUCGGAGCUUCUGGCAGCAGGAGAAAAUCAGAGCAGCUUUCCGUUGCUGGAAGUGAGAGAGCACACGUGGCCCCGUAGCUGUGCGAUGUGCGGGCUGGCUGCUGUGCUGGCCUCUUGGGUAAGGGUGUAACGGAGAAGCAGCAGGCAUCGUGGAGCGGUGGAGCGGGAAGGGGGAACUUACAGAAGCAACUUCUUCAGCCCUGCUGUCCCAGAGCACCAUGUUGGUCACCCUCUUUUUUUCCCUUGUUGCCCUUUGUAGAUCUGGUUGUGAGCAGAGUUGUCAGGGCAGGCACUUGGAGCGACAGUCCUGCAUGGGUAUGCAGCAUAAUCCAGGUGCAGUGUAAACUGGUUUGUGUGGUUAUACUGCUUUUGCUGAUGUGAAAGCCUGUUCACAUGUCUCCAUAGUUCUGUAGAGACAAGCUAGUUAUGUGGUGCUGUGCGGUACGGACAAUGCAGUGGGAAUUCAGAACCAAGUGAAAAAGCUGCUCCACUGGCAACCCUGAACGAGCCCUGCGUGCUGUAGCGAAGUCUAAACACCUCCUGAACAAAGCCCUUGGCUGGGGUAAUUACCUCCUAAUUUUCUGUCCUUAACUCAUGAGUACUGCAGAUGGUGCAGCCUGUGGACUCCUCAUGGGAGGGGAAGGCUGGGUGGCAAUGAACUGGAGUAGCUUGAAAUUCCUGGUCGUCUUUCUGAUGGUAAUAAGAUUUAAAGCAUGACAAUGUAGGGAAAGAAACCAGCAGCCUGGCGUGUGCCAGAGAUACUGGGAUCUGGCAGAAUGAUUUAUUGUUUAUAACACUUGCAGAAUAAUAUGUGCUUUAUGAGUAACAACAUGUCCAUUUGCAGCAUGAAAAUAACUGCUCAGAAACAAAACCCUGUCAGCAGUAGUGGCGCUGUAAAAUGAGCUCCAUAGCUGCAUUUUAUCCCGGUGUUUCUGUGUGUCUCCUGCUGUUGCAGGUAGGGCGGUGGUUCUGGCAGAAGCUGAAGGAGCUCUGAACAGAGAGAUUUCUCGCGGAGAACAGGAGCUGUUCAUUUGCUGGCCCCGUCACAAAAGCAAGUAUUAAAUAAAUAACUGCCCUGAGCAUCAUGCAAAGGCCUGGAUUGUUUUCUUGAUGUUGUUUUCGUACCUGCCUUCGUUGACCCAAGAACUCACCUCGUUCAGUGGUUCAUAUAAACUUGUUAGGUCAAAAACCUCUGGGCAGGAGGGACUGUUGUUAGGACUGGGCUUCCUAUGUUUCUGUCACUGAAGCAGUUUGCUGGAAGCGUUCUGUCAGCACGUGUGUUCGUGGCACCUGGUCUACCAAUGUUCUCCAACAAGGUGUCAGCAACAUGUUUUCAUCUGUUGCACACAUGAUUCAUUAGCCUGUCAGCCUACCUCUUGUUUCUGUUCCAGUGUUUUUGAAAGGGGAGGUGAUUUUUGAAUGAGUCAGCACGAUUGUUGAAGCUAUUAGACAUAACUGGAUCAGUCAUAUUUUACUUGAUUUUUAAAGCCAUCAUCUUCACAGUGGAAUCCAUUCAUUCCCACUGCAUUGUGCAGCUGCUGCAGUGUUUCCAGCUCGCCACACCUGAAAGCUGCAAAAUGGGGAUGUUCCCGGGUACAGACUGCACAGAACGGAGAUGAAGGUCUCUGGGAGCUUCCUGCACCGGGCAGCCCUGCUGGUUCAUUGUGGAAAUGGAACUGGUGUACAGGGUUGACUCUCUGCUCGAGCUCCAGAUGCAUUUGUUUGAGUAGCCUUGACCUCCCUAUGGUCUCAACAGAUGUAUCACAAAAUGGCAUUGCUCACUGGGAAUGCAGAUCCUGAGUUCAGCUACUCCUUCAAUAACUUGGAAAACCUGUGUGAAGUGCAAACCAAGAAAGGAUUCUUCUACAAAAAGGCCAAACUUCUGCACCCUGGGGAAGAUUUGUGCUGCUUAGCCCACCUGGAUGACCGGACCAGGUUUGUGAUCAUCAACGUAGGUGGUAUUAAGUACAAAGUUCCAUGGACCACCUUGGAGAACUGCCCCUUGACCAGGCUUGGGAAGCUGAAGUAUUGCAACAAUUAUGAUGAGAUCAUGAACAUCUGCGAUGACUAUGAUGUUAGCUGCAAUGAAUUUUUUUUUGACCGUAAUCCUAGUGCCUUCAGGACAAUCAUGACUUUCCUGACAGCUGGGAAGCUGAGGCUUCUCAGGGAGAUGUGCGCUCUUUCUUUUCAGGAGGAGCUUGUGUACUGGGGGAUAGAAGAGGACCACCUGGAGUGGUGCUGUAAAAAGAGAUUGCGACAGAAAGAGGAGGAGGCAGCUGAGGCCAGGCUGUACGAGGGGGAGAUGGUAUUUAGUGAAACCACGCAAUGUGCCUUCCAGGACAGUAGCCGACUGAGUUUGUGCAUGCGAAAGCUCAGGGACAUGGUGGAGAACCCCCACUCGGGGAUCCCAGGAAAGAUCUUUGCUUGUAUUUCCAUCUCUUUUGUUGCCAUCACUGCAGUCAGCCUCUGCAUCAGCACCAUGCCAGAUGUCAGAGAAGAAGAAGAUCGGGGCGAGUGCUCGCGGAAGUGCUAUGACAUCUUUGUGCUGGAGACGGUGUGCGUGGCGUGGUUUUCCUUUGAGUUCCUGCUGCGAUCCAUCCAGGCAGAGGACAAGUGCGCUUUCCUGAAAACCCCGCUCAACAUCAUCGACAUCCUGGCCAUCCUGCCUUUCUAUGUCUCUCUCAUUGUGGAUAUGGUCUCCACGAAAAACAGCAGCAAGCCCGGCGGGGGAGCUGGGAACAAGUACCUGGAGCGAGUGGGGCUGGUGCUGCGGUUCCUGCGGGCUCUGCGCAUUCUGUAUGUGAUGAGGCUGGCGCGGCACUCGCUGGGGCUGCAGACGCUGGGGCUCACCGUGCGCCGGUGCACCAGGGAGUUCGGGCUUCUCCUGCUCUUCCUGUGCGUUGCCAUGGCCCUCUUCUCCCCGCUGGUGUACUUGGCUGAGAGCGAACUGGGAGCCAAGCAAGAAUUCACAAGCGUCCCCACCAGUUACUGGUGGGCUGUGAUCUCCAUGACAACUGUUGGCUACGGGGACAUGGUGCCUCGUAGCAUCCCUGGACAGGUGGUGGCCCUAAGCAGUAUCCUGAGCGGGAUUUUGCUGAUGGCUUUCCCGGUCACAUCCAUCUUUCAUACCUUUUCCCGCUCCUACAGCGAGCUGAAGGAGCAGCAGCAGCGAGCAGCAAGCAGGCAGCUGCGCCAGCUGGAAGAGAGCACCGAGCUCCCGGGCAGUGGUGGUGCGCAGGGGCUCGGUGCCACAUCCCCACCAGGUGCUGCUGGGCAGGGGGGUCAGCCUGUGGCUGAGCAGGGGGCUGAGAGAAGCUGGUGACUGAGGAGCUGAAGAGGCGCGUUGGCAGCACAAGAAGCGGUGGACGAGGCAGGGCCGGUUCUGCAAGGGGGACCUCCGGGACUGCAUCAGUGCAGGGAGGCACACGCAAUGUGGUCUCUAAGGACCAGCCUCUGAUCUGAAGGACCCUCUGCAGAGUGCCCCUGGAAAUACUGAGCGCUGCACCACUCCCUUGCUUCUUGUAGGGCUUUUCUUUUCUAUUGGACAAGUAUUUUUUGCAAGCCCCAAGGAGCAGCCAUUGAAUGUAGCCUGCCUGGAGAGCGGGGGACGUGCCGGCUGCGUGGGGUGCGUUGGGUGCCCCCUCCUCGCGGCUCGCGACACCCCUGUGCCAGGCCCAGCCAGGGGCUCCCCGGCCACGACACCCCACGCCAGGGCGUGGGUUCGGGCAGCCCCACCGAGGAGCGCAAACCUCAGACAAGCCGAGGGCAAGGGCGGGAGGGCAGAGCAUCCCUUCAGCUUUGCUGGGGCCGGGGUCUGCCUGUAGCGCAGCCCGGGCAGCACAGUGCAGCUGCCGGCUCUGGCUCCUGCUGGCACCGUAUGCAUCAGUUAGUAAAUACGCGUAUUUACCGCCCUAAGCUUUGUGUCUUAGCCCCGUGUCAGAAAUAUACAGACAAUCUUCCUGGCUAUGGUACUGAAUGUUAACUUGGUUUUUUUUCCUUUGCUAACAGUUGAAUAUAACAAAUGUCUUUACAAGUCAUGCCAUUUCUCCUUCUGUUACCUAUUUCCAUCUCUCAUGUAUGAAAAAAAAAAAAAAAAAAAAGUGUUUAACAGACAACUAAACCUGUAUGCUCACAGCCCGGGAAGGGGAGGGUGGCGUUAAACCAGCAGCAGCAGCUCCCGGCUCUGCAGCCCCUUCCCCAGCGGCUGCGCUGGCUGCGCCCGUGUGCGAGCGGGGCGAUGCCCGUCAGCACCGUCGCAGGCUCUGGCCCCUGCUGCAGCGUGGCGCCGUGCUCCACCUGACCGGUAGUCCUUUUUUCUUUUUCCUGCUAAGAAAAAGACAAUCUUGUAAUCUAAAACCUACAAUUAUUGUUCUGCCUCUUCUUCCUAAUUCUCAAAAGACUUAAUUUAAGGGGAAGGUAAAUCCUAUGGUGGAAUCUGCAUCUUUGUUAACCGGUGGGACGCCAGGAGUGCCAGCCCCUUCCCUGGCAGAGCUGUGCCGCUGGUCCAGGCUGGCAUGCUUGGGGUCCGUCAGCGCGCUUGCAGGUGGGAUCCCAUCAGGGGAUGGAGGGAAGUGGAACAUAACCGCCUCUGGUCCCCAUGCCCCCUUUGGCAGUGAAGCCAGGCAGUGUCACCCUCCAUAUUCUCCUGCCGGGAAGGGAACACAAGCUGACGUACUGAGGAUGGGGUUUGUCUGGUUUGGGUUUUUUUGCCUCAGCAUCUGUUGUUAACACCAAGCCUACAUUAGCAAACUCCCAUGUUAAGCCGUUCCUUACAGGAAUGGAGCAAGGGAAAAUAAAAGGUUACACUAUUUUAAUAAAACCGAGCAGCUUUGUUGCUGAAUGCUCACAGCUGGUGAUGUGGGGGUGCAGGAGGGAGGCAGGGUGCCACGGUGCUGAUGGGAAGCCGUGCAUGUGGGGGCUGCAGCCAGAGCCCCACGCCAUGGGGCUCUCUGCCCCACAGCAGCAUCGCUACAGCACCGCCGCCCCACAGCUCAGAGCAGCAGGUGCGUUACACAAACAGCCCGCAGGCGAGUGCUGCGAGAGAUGGAAGCAGCAAACCUGCCCCCGACCCUGGGUCCCCAGACCCCCAGCCGCAUGGAACUGAACGCAGCCGCGCUCGCCCAGGUGCUGCUGGCCGGUCAUAGCCCCACCAGCGGGACGGCAGCCCUUGUGCCGGGCCGGGGGGGCGAGGGCUGGGGGCUGGUGCCUGGGCUGACUCAGGCUGCUGGCAGAGCGGUACCAGCACUGGGCUGCUGUGAGUCAUGAGAGAUUUUCAUUUUAUUGGUUUUAUUUAAACGUGGUUUCUUGCAUUAAGGCUUAUUAAGAUUUGGCUUCAGGGGUACAGCUUUGCAGCCAGCCAAACGUAAAUCAGCAGCGAGCGGUGGGGGGAGGGCAAAGUGUGGCAUGGUGCUGGGGGGGCAGAAGGGCAUUUAUGGUGGUGGUUGGGUGCUCGGUCUGCAGGUGGGACCCAACAUGCACCAGGGGAGCCCGUAAGUUCACCUUCCGGGUACCUUGGUUCUUGUGCACCAGGUGCUGGCUGAUGCUCUGCCGCAGGUGUGAAUGCAGGAACCACGGCUAGCGUGCACGGAGGGGGCAGAAUACAUCUCCUCCAGCAGCAAGGCCCAUGAAUGACCAGCAGCAUGAAGUUUACUGUUAGAAGAACCAUGCUGGAGCAGAAUGAAGAGUUUGACGCUCGUGGUGCUAACGAACAGCCAUGAAUGAAUGCUGCCUUUGGCCCCGCAGCACGGAACAAACCAGCACCAGGACAGCUAACUGCAGCUCAGCAGCUGUUUGGAAAACAGACUGAUGACACACACCAUGUUAUUGCUCUGCUCCUUGAAGCUGCUAUUGUCCUGCAAUAGUGAGUUCUUUAUAGUUUUCAAAAGGCACAUAA